AUGACGGAAGUCAAGACUUUCAACACCAAGAAGGCCACUCAGGCUAUCGGCCCCUACCAACCCAAGUCCCAAGCCGUAAUCGCCGGCCCACACAUCUUCGUCUCCGGCCAGCUUCCCGCCGAUGCAGAAGGCAACAUCGUGCAAGGCAGCAUCGCGGAGAUGACCACUGCUUGCUGCGAGAACCUCAAGAAUAUCCUUGAGGAUGCUGGAAGCUCCAUCACCCGGGUUGUGAAGGUCACCGCUUUCCUAACGACCAUGGACAACUUCGCCGAGAUGAACGGAGUGUACGAGAAGUACUUCACGCACAAGCCCUCGCGCUCUUGCGUGGCCGUCCACCAGCUGCCGAAAGGUGUGCCGGUUGAGAUUGAGUGCAUUGCGCUAUCGGGCAAGGCAUAG